AUGUGCCUCUUAGGUCUCAAUAUCAGCAACAAGCCGCUCGUCCCUAUAAAUUGUUUACUCCGCGUGCUAUAUCAGCUAUCGUUCUGUUUCGGACCGUCUCUGUUUGUGACCGCGUAUUUGUUUCAAAACUUCGAAAACAACGUUUUUUUUUCCAGAAAAAAAUACAUCAAGAGCAAGAUGGCCGAAGAACUUCAGGUGCAGCUUUCAAUACUUUAAUCUUUUCGACGCGCGUCUGUGGCCUAUCAGAUAUGUUUUUUUUCAGAUGGUGGCCGUUCAAACGCCCAACUGCGGAGUUCUGCAUGUCUACGUGCAAGGAAAUGCUGAAGAGCGUGCAGGAAAGACGUACAUCAUCACUGUCCACGACAUCGGAACCAAUCGUCAAUUAAUUCUCCACUAGAUCUCAUUAGAUAGAGCUUUUACAGACAAGAGCUUUGUUCGAUUCGUGAAUCAUCCGUCGAUGGCUGCUGUCAAGGAAAAGUCCAUCUUCCUUCACGUCUGCGUUCCCGGACAAGAGGACAACGCUGCUGACUACAUCGGAGAGUACGUAGUCUAUAUAUAUCACUCUUGCGAAGUAUAAUCAAAACCCCUCCCCCAUUCAGUUUCAUGACGAAAGCGUGUCAUUUCGUAUUCCCAUGCUCCAAAGCUGUGCGUGUCGAAUAUUUUUUCUAUUUCAAAAAAACGUAAAGUCCAAAAAUUUGUGUGAUGUUUGAGGCCUUAGAAAUGCUGCCUUCAUAUUUUAUUGAAAGGUUCCCAAGGAGAGAGUUUUUUUGACGCUCUGAAAUCCAAUCGUUUGAGAAAAAAAAAGUCCUACAGCAAACAUACUGUAAACUUUAGUUAGGUACAAACAAAACGCUUGUCGCGGUUUGGCAAAAAAAAAAACAUAAAGUUCGAGGUCUGUUUAUUCAUCAGCGCACGAAACACAAAACAAAAUCGGGGCAAAUCUUAUCUUUAUUGCAAGCUCUCAUGAUGAGAACAAACUCUGAAGCUUCGGAUGUUUUUGUGUGGCGUGUGAAAAACCGAGUGUUAGAUGUCGAUUCAUCUCCAAUAAGUAUUCAGUUUGUAGAAAAACUUCAACAUGAAUAAAAAAUGAUAAGAGUUCAAAAAAGUGUUUUACAGUUUCCCAACUCUGGAUCAGAUUGGAGAAGACUUGUUCGCUGUGUUAGACAAGUUCGAAGCCAAGGUUUUCCCUCUACUGAAAUUUCUUUGAUGAUCAGUUUGGUUUCAGUCAUGCAUGGGCUUCGGAGAAGGAGUGGGUGCCAACAUCAUUUGCCGUUUUGCUGUAAGUUUUGACUCAAUAACUUACCAUAUGAGAUCAAACAUUGCUUGAAACGAGCCCUGAUAAGAAGUUAUGGUUUUGGUCUACAGAUAAGAGGUUAUCGCAUUGUUGUUGACCAAUGCGAGAAAAAUAUGACUUGCUUUUUGGAUUUUAUUUCUACGUAACAAAAGGAAAGAUUAUGAGAUCAAACUUGUUGUUUACCAAUGAAAAAGGCUGUGUGAGGCUGCUCCAUAAACUUAUAAGUCACUUUGCAUAUGUGCAACAAAUUGAAUUUGUCGGUCCUUUUGGAGAAGCUAUGCAACUAGCAUGUAGGAACAAAUGUGAGAAAACUUUUCAAAGUGGAAUGGAACGAGAGAAGGCAUUCAGAUGGCUCACCCCAACCGUGCUAUGGGCGUCAUUCUGGUUCACUGCACCUCGACGACCGCUGGUAUUCUGGAGUACUGCAAAGAGAAGGUUUCAAGAGUUUGAUGGUAUUCCUCAGUUGCAUGAUACAGGUCGACUCAAACUUCGAUUUUUUCGGAUAAAACUUCGAACAAUAUUUUCAUUUCAUUUGCGCGGAAUAGUUAGGAAUUCAGGUUAUGAACAUCCGUCUUGAGAACUCCAUCAUGACCGACGGCGCCUGGGACUACCUCUUCGCGCACAAAUUCGGCAGCGUACGUUUUGGAAAAGAUCUAAUGAAAAUUUCUCAGGCAAAACAAAAAAGUUAUAACUUCGUGAUUGUGAUUCGUUAAACACCAUUGCCUUCAUUUCAUUUUCGCUUUCAAUUUCAUUUCAUCAAGCUUUUUCUGAUUCUUUUUUUUUGGAAUUUGAUCGGCCUUGAUGUUUUUUGGAUUUUCAAAUGAUUCAAUUUUGACGUGUUUUACAGGCAACAGACGUGAGUUGGGGCCAACUGGUAACCAAAAAGCUUUUGUGAAUUUUUAAAGUCAAAUGCCUUGCUGUGUUUAGAGACGAAACCUCUUAAACUUGGACUAUUUAAAAACUGCGAUUUUUGAAUAAAGUAUGACAAGGUUUCUUUUCCAUGCACGGUUUAACCAAUUCUAACUGCUUUUGCUCUUUCCGAGUAUUGCACGUUUCUAACAUACCUAACUGUGAUUCGCAUGACUUUUUUUUUGCUCUUGAGUCAAUAUUGUAGUUCAAUAACAAGUCAUUUAGCGGUUUUUUUAAGUUUCUUGUGUUUUUUGUUCAUAUCGUAAAAGCACUGAACUAUACAGCCUUUGUAUGGAAAUGGUGUUAGAAGUUGAUGAACUUCAUGCUGUUCAAGUGCAGUUCCCUUGCAUGCAAUUUAUCAUCGGAACAAAGUUUCCAUAUUCAAGUUGAACCGCACUUUAUGUUUGUGCUUUUAUGGAUGUGUCCAAUUUUCGAUAUUCAGGAUUCGCUCAACAAGCUUUCUUACAUCGACGAGAUGAAACUUACUCUGAACCCAAAAAAUCUGUCCAAGUACCUAGUAGCCUUCACCAAGCGUACGGACCUCUCUUCUACCAUUGGAGACAAGCUGGAGAAGUUCGACUCGUUUGGUUCCACCUUUAAAAGGAUAGUUUUAGCGUCGACGCUCUUUUGGUUUCUGGCAGCAAGGCUCCUCAUCUUCACACGGUCUACACCACCCACAAGAGCAUGAACAAAAGGAAGACCACUCUCCUUGUCGUUGACAACGUAGCUGACGUUAUGCAGGAAGCCGUGAGUUCACGAAAAAAUCAAGUUCACUGGCGGUUGCUCAUAAUUCGGUUGCUCAGAGGUUUUUUUUCGGAUAUCUUUAAUAGUUUUUUUCUAUCAAAAAGAGUAAUUUCGCGGUUUCUUGUUUUUAGAGAUACUGUGAAGACCCACUGAGCGACUUUUUUUUCAAAACAGCCCAGCAAAGGCGUUUUUUUUCCAAUAUUAGUGCUCCUUUUUUGCCUAGAUUUUCAAAAAAAAAACCCUUGAUUCUUUAAAAUAAUGAAAAUUUUUUCGAAUGGAAUAAAUAAUUAUUUGCUUUGUUUUUUCUUUUCCAAACGUUUCUUUUGAAUCACAUUUGAAUUAAAUGUCAAUGAAGUUAGUCUUGUAGGCCUCCCAACAUAGAUAAUGUGGAGAGAAAAAAGUUGAUGGCGACAUUCAUCAAGAAGUGAUACAGUGCGCAGUGUAAAGUUCUGAGAAAUUUCCUUCCGAUCUUCUCUUCUCUCAAUUCUUUGUGACAGUUUUAUGUGACCCGACGCAAUCAUAUCUAUUUUUCUCUUCUGACAGUUUUCUCCUGUAUAUAACUGGUGGAUAUAAAGCAUCUUAUAGCCGGAAAAGCUCUCGCGGUCGCUGAUUCUUCUGUGCAAAGGGUGCGGCACCCUUUCCGGAGUUCCGAUUCCUGGAAUGGAGCGUCAGCGCACUCUCUCCAGGUGAGCCCUAAACUCCAAGCUCGCACUAUGAAUACUGUCAUCUUUCAAGAUGAAAGAUUUCUCAAAAAAGAAGAUCAAGUUCGGUUGGAAUUAGCUUUUAGGCGGCAUUUUUUGAUAAAAGUUCGGGUAAAUUAAAUAAGCAGUUUUUUACUGAGCUCAUGCCGUGAUAAAAAAGAAGCUUCUCAUAUUUACUCACAACUUGCCAGUUAUGUACCUUAAAUUUGGUUAUUUUCAAAAUGAAAGACUGUCUGCUCGGAAUUCACGGGUGAGUGAAUUUGUACAGCGGCGUUUUCUUCUGAUUUUUGCACUAUUUUGACACUUUUUCCCGCUUUUUUAGCUCGAUGGAAGAAGCUGACCGUCCUCGUCGCAUGUCUGUCACGCAGCCCCAACUUCCUCCCCUUCCAAACAACUAA